GAAAAAGGAGUCCUGGGGGGGUGUUCUCUGAAGUUUCUUUUACCAACCUCAUUAGUCACCUGAGGUGGGGCUGAGGAUUGAAGUAGGACAGAAGGUCCCUGGUAGCUGGAGGAGGGGAAAGUCAGGGGGAUCCCCCACUUUCUUCACACCCAGGACGCAGGGUGCCGCUGCUGGCCACAGAAACCCCAAGAAGGCUUUUCUUUCUAUUCAGAGAACAUCCAUUGUGUGCCAGGCCCUGUGCUGAGCUGUUGUUGCCUGACAGCAGGGAAAGUGCGGCUCUGGCUUCUGUGAAGAGGCUACGGGGCAGCCCCCCAACUCCAAGAGCUUCAGCACACAUGGGGAACCCAGUGGAUGUUUGAAGGAUGGAACUGGAGCAAGAACACCGACUGAGACAGCAGCCCUGGGGGACCCACUGAAGGUGGGAGAGGGGGCUUGAGGAGCGUGCAGUACGUGAGAGAACUCUUCAGGUGUCACCUAGGCGUGAAGCUGCCAAGGCGGAGGGGCACGGAGUCCUAAGGCUCCGCCAUCCCCGCCCCACUCGCCGGGAGUCAACAUGGCCGUCGCGGAGGAGGCGGGGCAGCUCCGAGUCCGGGCAGGAGGAGGGCGGGGCCGCCGUCGGCUGAGCCUGUGCGCAGGCGCGGGCCUUUCGGGGUCCCGGAUGGAAGAGCUGAGUGUAGGCUGCACGUCUCCUGUGGUCGCUGGGGCUAGAGCUUGACUCUGGAAAAAGGAAAGGAAGAAUGGCAGCCUGGUGAAGAGGCAGAGCAACUUGUCUUUGAACUGAAUUUUGAUGAGCCGACCGGUGUAGCGUUGGUGGCGCCUCCCUUCCUCCAGGCUUCCUGGUGAUGGAAAGCCUGAGGGAGCUCAGUCCUGGCAGCAACACCCUGUAUUCCUGGUGGUGAGAGGAUGUGGCCCCUGGACCCAUCCCAGAAAGAGGUGCUGAGGUUUGCAGUCCGCUGCCGUGUCCUGACUCUGAUGCUGCAGGCUCUCUUCAAUGCCAUCAUCCCAGAUCACCAUGCAGAAGCCUUCUCUCCUCCUCGCCUUGCCCCCUCGGGUUCUGUGGACCAACUGGUGGAAGGUCUCCUGAGUGGCCUGUCUCACUGGGAUGCUGAACACUUCCUGUUCAUUGCCGAGCAUGGCUACCUGUAUGAGCACAACUUUGCCUUCUUCCCUGGUUUCCCUCUGGUCCUGUGGGUGGGAACUGAACUGCUGAGACCCCUGUGGGGGUUACUGAGCCUGCGGAGUUGUCUGUUAAUCUCAGUAGCAUUGCUCAAUUCCUUGUUCUCUGUCUUGGCUGCUGUCGCACUUCAUGACCUAGGCUGUCUGGUUUUGCACUGUCCCCACCAGGCCUUUUACGGAGCGCUGCUCUUCUGCCUCAGCCCUGCCAAUGUCUUCCUGGCCGCUGGUUACUCAGAAGCUUUGUUUGCUCUCCUGACGUUCAGCGCCAUGGGGCAGCUGGAAAGGGGCCGAAGCUGGACUAGUGGACUCCUCUUUGCCCUUGCCACUGGUGUACGCUCCAAUGGGCUGGUCAACGUUGGCUUCCUCAUGCAUUCUCAGUGUCAAGGCUUUUUCUCUUCUCUCACGGUGCUGAAUCCUCUGAGACAACUCUUGAAGCUGAUGGGCUCUGUGUUCCUGUCCGUGCUCGCACUUGGCCUUCCUUUUGCCCUCUUUCAGUAUUAUGCCUAUAUGCAGUUCUGUCUACCAGGCUCAGCCCACCCCAUCCCUAAGCCCUUGCUGCAGUUAGCUGUGGACAAGGGCUACCGGAUCGCGGAGGGAAACGAGCCACCUUGGUGCUCCUGGCAACUUCCCCUAGUAUACAGCUAUAUCCAGGAUAUCUACUGGAAUGUUGGCUUUUUGAGAUACUAUGAACUCAAGCAAGUGCCCAAUUUUCUGCUGGCUGCACCAGUGGCUAUACUGAUUGUCUGGGCAACUUGGACGUAUGUGAGCACCCACCCUUGGCUCUGCCUUACACUUGGGAUGCGAAGGAGCAAGAACAGUGAGAACCUAGAGAAGCCUCAUCCUGGAUUUCUCAGCCCUCGGGUGUUUGUGUACCUGGUCCACGCUGCGGCUCUGCUGCUGUUUGGCAGUCUGUGCAUGCACGUUCAGGUUCUCACCAGGUUUUUGGGCUCUUCUACUCCCAUUGUGUACUGGUUUCCAGCUCAUUUGCUUCAGGAUCAAGAGCCACUGCUGAGAUCCCUAGAGACUGUGCCUUGGAAGCCUCUUGCAGAGGACUCCCCACCAGGACAAAAGGUCCCAAGAAAUUCUAUCAUGGGUCUUUUGUACAACUGGAAAACCUGUUCUCUAGUCACACAAUGCAUUCUAGGCUACUUCCUGACUUACUGGCUCCUGGGACUACUCCUGCAUUGCAACUUCCUGCCUUGGACAUGACCUGGAGUCUCAGGGGACAGACUUGAAGCAGACUUAACCAGGGGUCUGGAAGUACAAGUACACACUGGGGCUGCCUGCACGGCCUUGGGAUCCUUACUUUGUCCAUUAGAACCUCUUUCUCUCUCUCUCUUUGAAGAUUGGAUAGGAAUGGGAGCAGUAUGAGCCACAGAGAGCCCCUUCGGGUCCUGGCUGUGGAAGAUUUUAGAGUAGUAACUUUUCACAGUAAGUGAAGAAAUCUUAUUCCACGUCUAAAGUAUACCUGGAUCUGUCUCAUCAACCAGCCACAGCAGACAUAGUCACACACUUACCACGGACCCACAUGGAAAUUUAAAUGUAAAUUAUUUAAAUAUAAAUUUCUUCAAAGGCUCUAGCUGACAAGCUGGUAAUCUAGUCCACUCAUGAUGACAGAGGCAUGAACAACGUAGUGGUGGUAGUAAGUAAAGGGGGACCUUCUUUUC